AUGCCUAAACGCCCUGUUCGUUCAUCGUCUGACUCGGGCUCUUCGAGGGAGCGAACACCAAAGAGGGUUCGCUCGAGUUCUCCUUGGCGAAUUGACGAAUCUCCUUCGCAUGACGAAGAGACCCUGAAAAUCCAUGUCUUAAGGGCCAAAAUGGACGAUGACGCAUAUGCGUCCCUGGUCAAACUGAUUGAAACAUCGCGGAUCGUACUGAGGCGACACAGGAACACCGACGCAGAGGACGCUGAAUGGAAAAAUCUCGUCUUCGCAGAGGAUAUCAAGGACGCAGACGUCAUCGUCACCGCCAUCCGUAUGAGACAGCGACUUGAGAGGCACAUCAGCUGGCAGGUCGCGGAACCCGCGCCUUUCAACUCGUCAACGCGUUCCUUGAUCUGGCAGAAAACGAAGGCCGUCGUCACUCCUCAGUGGUUAGAGGAGACUGUACGGCAAGGGACACCCGCCCCGUGCGGGGAACACGCAGCGUUGAAUGAUCUGCAUGACGACACUGUGCGGCAAUGUCCAGACGGCCCUAACCUGCUAGUUGAAUCCGGCUCAACGACGUCGCGCCUGUCGGCCGACAUUCCGCCUUCAUCCGCCGACCCUGCCGGCGAGCCGCCCACCUCGACAGAACUAGAGCAUUUGUCAUUGUCACACAAAGCUCGGCUCUGCUUGUUCAGAGCAUCUCCACUUAUCUGCCCCAACCAAGCCUUGAUAGAUGAACUCAAGAUAAUCCAGCUAUCGAGAAAGCUCGAAGGAGAAGAGAGGAGUAUGCUGAGUUACCAAAGGGCUAUCGCGAUGAUUAAAUCAUACCCUCAUAUCAUCACACUCGAGAGGCUAGACAACGAAGUCGAAGACCUGCCGUAUUUAGGCACGAAACUUGUUGCAAUGAUCGAAGAGUACGUUACGUUAGGGAAAAUAAGCGAAGCGGAAAGUAUCCGAGAAUCUUCUCGAUUCCAAGCCCUUUCAGCGUUCAGCCGAAUAUAUGGCAUAGGGCCGCAUACAGGACGUCGUCUCUAUGACUUAGGUUUGCGGACACUCGAAGAAUUGGAUCGAUAUUAUGAGGUUACCCCCGGAUCUACUGAUGGGAGUGCACUGUCGAGCCUCGAGCUGUACAGUAAAGCAAACGAGGAAACUGUCCUGGAAGAAACUAUCAAGGUGGCGUUGGCCUUGCGCCACGAUUUGUGUCAAACGAUAUCUCGACACGAAGCGGAGCGAAUUGGCCAGAUUUUGGACUCAGAAUUAGCUCAUGUUGAACAGGGAUGCAGAACUCUUUUGGUCGGUGGCUAUAGGCGUGGAAAAGUCCAGGGUAACGACGUCGAUAUUCUCAUUACGCAUCCAAACUGGACGUUGGGCUCCCAGAAGUCGAGAAAUAUGAGCAAGCGGCUGGUUCAAAGUCUGCGCGAGCGUGGUAUCCUCGUUCACGUUAUGCACCUGGCUGGAUUUCACGGGCAUAAUGUCCUCCGAACGCAUCACUGGGACUCCUUGGAGAAAGCACUAACAAUCUUACGAGUGCCAUCGGCUGGGGACGCAGUCAAUGCGCCAGUCCAUCGGCAAGUGGAUCUUAUCUUUGCCGCCCCCGAGGUUUUCUGGACUGCGGUCGUUGGAUGGACUGGCUCAACAAUGUUCGAACGAGAUUUACGCCUUUGGGCCAAGGAGCGGGGAAUGAAAUUUGAUAGUUCUGGAAUAUCUCGUCGACAUGAUUCAAAAUUGUUUUUCCCAAGGACUGAGCGCGAGGUUUUCGACCUCUUGGAACUACCGUACAUCCAUCCCGCGCUGCGUAAUGCCGAUGCGUGAUGGGACUAGGAUAGAUGGAAUGGUAGUAGUAUAUGUAGGAUGAGUAAUUGUAGUGUAGGUCAGCC